GGGAUUUGCUGUAGUUGGGAUCUUGGGCGGUGUUUGAGGUUUCUCCUCCCAAACUCAGCCUGGGGCGCUCCGUUGGAGUAGCGGACUUGAGUAGCAGGCCAGGUCCCACCCGGCCGGGAGCGACUUUAAGGCCCUGGCGCAGCAUCGUCAGGUCGGGUGAAGGUGGGCGCUGUCCCCAACCGCCGCCUGGGCGGUGUCAACGGCGUGCCCAUGUCGCUGCCUGGGCGCCGGGGCCGCCUGUCUUCCCCUGGAACCAGUCGCCAGUCCUCCGAGGCCCGCGAAAAGCUACGGCGCCGUCUCUUGGGCCUCAUCGAGGGCAACAAAGUGAUGAUUUUCAGCAAGAGCUACUGUCCUCACUGCACGCGGGUUAAAGAACUCUUUUCUUCUUUGGGAGUUGAAUGUAAAAUCUUGGAACUGGAUCAGGAUGAUGAUGGGGCCAGUGUUCAAGAAGUGCUGUCAGAUAUCACUAAUCAGAGAACUGUGCCCAAUAUUUUUGUGAAUAAAGUACAUAUGGGUGGAUGUGACCAAACUUUCCAGGCACAUCAGAGUGGUUUAUUACAGAAGCUUCUUCAGGAAAAUUCAGCAUAUGAUUAUGACCUCAUUGUCAUUGGUGGUGGUUCUGGUGGCCUUGCAUGUGCUCAGGAAGCUGCCAUUUUGGGAAAGAAAGUGAUGGUGCUAGAUUUUGUGGUCCCAUCACCUCAGGGUACAUCUUGGGGUCUUGGUGGUACUUGUGUAAAUGUAGGUUGUGUUCCUAAGAAGCUGAUGCAUCAAGCUGCCCUUUUGGGACAAGCAUUAAGUGACUCAAGGAAAUUCGGCUGGGAGUAUAGUCAACAAGUGAGGCACAACUGGAAGACCAUGACAGAAGCUAUUCAAAACCACAUUGGCUCUCUAAAUUGGAGCUACAGGCUGUCUUUGAGGGAGAAGGCUGUGGCCUAUGUAAAUUCCUAUGGAGAAUUUGUUGAGCACCAUAAAAUAAAGGCAACCAAUAGAAAAGGACAGGAAACUUAUUAUACUGCUGCAAAAUUUGUCAUAGCAACAGGUGAAAGACCACGGUAUUUGGGAAUUCAAGGAGAUAAAGAAUACUGUAUUACUAGUGAUGACCUUUUUUCUCUGCCUUAUUGCCCUGGCAAAACAUUAGUAAUUGGUGCAUCUUAUGUGGCUCUGGAAUGUGCAGGAUUUCUUGCUGGUGUUGGCUUAGAUGUCACAAUUAUGGUGCGUUCAAUCCUUCUUCGUGGCUUUGAUCAAGAAAUGGCAGAGAAAGUGGGUUCCUACAUGGAACAACAUGGUGUUAAGUUCUUACGGAAAUUUAUACCUGUCAUGGUUCAACAGUUGGAGAAAGGUUCACCUGGAAAGCUGAAAGUAGUGGCUGAAUCCACUGAAGGACCAGAAACUAUUGAAGGAGUAUACAACACAGUUUUGUUAGCAAUUGGUCGUGAUUCCUCUACAAGGAAAAUAGGCUUGGAGACGAUUGGUGUCAAAAUCAAUGAGAAGAGUGGCAAGAUUCCAGUGAAUGAUGUGGAACAGACCAGUGUGCCGUAUGUUUAUGCUAUUGGGGAUAUUCUGGAAGAUAAACUUGAACUCACUCCUGUUGCCAUACAGGCAGGCAAGCUGUUGGCUCGAAGACUUUUUGGGGGUCAUUUAGAAAAGUGUGAUUAUGUUAAUGUUCCAACUACGGUGUUUACUCCUUUGGAAUAUGGCUGCUGUGGAUUAUCUGAAGAGAAAGCUAUUGAAGUAUAUAAAAAAGAGAAUCUAGAAGUGUAUCAUACUUUGUUCUGGCCUCUUGAAUGGACAGUAGCUGGCAGAGACAACAGUACUUGUUAUGCAAAGAUAAUUUGCAAUAAAUUUGACAAUAAUCGGGUGAUAGGAUUUCAUCUUCUUGGACCAAAUGCUGGUGAAGUUACCCAAGGAUUUGCAGCUGCAAUGAAAUGUGGGCUCACAAAGCAGCUACUUGAUGACACUAUUGGAAUUCACCCCACGUGUGGUGAGGUAUUUACCACUUUGGAAAUCACGAAGUCAUCAGGACUAGACAUCUCCCAGAAAGGCUGCUGAGGCUAGACCUGCUGCUAUCUAGUCUCCCUUGUCAAUUCACAUUUCUUCACAUGAGUCUGUGAUCAGGGCACCUGCUCUCAUGCACAGGGCCCACUGCAGGGCUUUCAUCACAGUGCACAGAUGAGAAUGUAGACAAGGAGGCAGGCAGCAGUGCAUAUGUACUCAACGGUCUCAGCUGACCUGGGAGAGGCAGUUACACUGCUUCCUUGACGUCUUACUCAGAACCCCUUAUGAAGUGAGCUAAGACCAAUGCUCUUCCAAGUCAGAACUGAGCUUUCCUCUGAAAGACCUUUUAAUCGCAUAACUAAUCUAAGUUAAUUUUUCUGUUUUCCUAGGGUUUUUAAUCCCCUUGCUUUGUUCCUAUGAAAAUAUUUUCUAUUAUAAAACUAUAAAAUAGCGAUCUUCCAAUGUGUGAGUGUGGAAGGCACACAUGGUCUCUGGUGAGUAGUGUCUGUGGAAAUGCCCUGAAGUAGCUGGCUGCAGAGGACUGGGGUACAUUAGUAGAAACUUUCACAUACUAAAUAUAGUUUCAUUAGUUAGCUGUUUUCUCCUUUGGUUAUAUUUUUACCCACUGUCUCAUGCUUCACCCUCUCCUGGUUUCCUGGUGGUAACUAUCUUGGAGUCAGUCAUUCUUCUCUUAGUGUCUGUAGACUGAACAGAGUAUCUUAUGUCAGAGAGAAAUGCUUGUAUUUUUUUUCAUGUUGAUCUUAAGAUAAUAUAAAAGGUUUUCAAUACUUUAUUAUUUGAGCUGUAUUUAAAACUCUAAAAUGAUUCAGUCUACAAUCUAAUUAUAGCCAAGUUCAGUACAUGAACAGGUGAUAUUAAGAUAUUCUAUUUGAAUUUAUAUACCUGUCAGCAUCUAAAAGGCCCUUGCAAUGGGAGGCCUAUCUAAGAACACCCAAAGAAUUUGUAACCACUCUGCAAGUCAUAGACCAUUGGAAAGGGUACUUAUCUUUCCUUAGCAAGGGGAGAAAAGGCUUGGAUAUAAAUCUGUCUGUAACUGGCUCCCUCAUACCCUUCUCCCCUAUUCCCUGCACCCCUGCCCCAACUUUAUCUUUUUCUCCACUUUUCUUUUUUCUCCUCUUCUGGAGUAAAGGUGGGCUUUAUAUAAUGUUGAGAAUUUGUUUUAUCUGGAAGAUAAACUUUAUAUGCAUCUAAUAACAUAACAGAUGCAUACAGAUCAGUAGGGAAAUAUUAACAUCCUACAUUAUAGUAGAAAUUUUAAUAUACCUCACCAAUGUAUUAGAUAAAAGAAAAAAUAUCAGUAAAGGUACAGAUUUGGAUAGCACAAUUAACAAGCUCAGUUUAAUGAACUUAAUGAAUAAGACUUUAACAUAAAUACUCAUUUCAAGCACACAUCGAAUAUUUAUGAAGUUUGCCAUGUGCUAGCUCAACAAAUUUCAAAAGACUGGUAUCAUAGAGAUGAGACAAAAGGAUUUUAGCUGUGAAACUAACACUAAGAACCCACAGGUCUUAAAAUCCAUGCAGUAUGGUGGAAAGUAGAGUAUGGAGGUAUUGUGAGGUGAGUGAGGGGUUAAUGUGAGAUCAAGCUAAAAGAACUGGGUUAGAGUCAGGGAUCAUUCACAAGAAGAAGGGAAUUGUGGAAAGAUUCUAGACCUUGAAGAAUAAUAAACUUGUGAAUGCCUGGUCCCAUUAUUUACUAAAUAUAUUAAAAAAUUCAUUGUUUAA